CGGGCCUUAGUAUCCGGAGCAGCUGCUACUUUAGACUCGCCGGUGCUGCCGGAGGGAGACCAGAGCCGAGAAGGACCGGGCAGGGGAAAGGGCGCAGGAGGGAGAGCGGGCGCGCAUGCCAGUCGGGACCCUUGGACGGCGGGUUCCCAGGAGGAGGAAGACCUGGCGCGACUCCUCGUCGUCCGCAGCGGCAGCCCCCAUGGCGACCAGAGGACUUUAAAGGAGUUCGGGGGCUUUGGCAGGAUCUGGGCGAUUCCGGAUCCGGCGAUUCUUGCUCUCGCCUCGCCCUGUCAUUGAUGGGAAAUCAACUGGAUCGCAUCACGCACCUGAAUUACAGCGAGUUGCCGACCGGGGACCCCUCUGGCAUCGAGAAGGACGAGCUGCGCGUCGGGGUGGCUUACUUCUUCUCGGAUGAGGAAGAGGACCUGGACGAGCGAGGAGGGCAGCCGGACAAGUACAGCGUGAAAGGCUCCAGCAGCCCGGUCCAAGAGACCCCCACCCACCACCACCACCAUCACCACCACCACCACCACCCUCCGCAGCUGGUGCUGAGCGAGACCCAGUUCUCCGCCUUCCGCGGCCAGGAAUGCAUCUUCUCCAAGGUGAGCGGAGACCCCCAGGCUGGGGAUUUGAGCGUCUACCCCGUGGCGGCCCUGCCUGCCUUGUGCAAGCCGGGCGACCUGCUAGAGCUGCUGUACUUGGGGCCGUCCGACCACCCUCCUCCUCCGCCACACUGGGCAGUCUAUGUGGGCAGCGGGCAAAUCAUCCACUUGCACCAGGGCCAGAUUCGCCAGGACAGCUUGUACGAGGCGGCCGCUGGCAACGUGGGCCGGGUGGUGAGUAGCUGGUACCGGUACCGCCCCCUGGUGGCGGAGCUGGUGGUGCAGAACGCCUGCGGUCACCUGGGCUUAAAGAGCCAAGAGAUCUGCUGGACGAACUCGGAGAGCUUCGCCGCCUGGUGCCGCUUCGGCAAACGGGAGUUCAAAGCCGGCGGCGAGCUCCCGCCGCCCUCGGGCUCCCAGCCCCGGGAGCAGCAGUACUAUCUCAAGAUCCACCUGGCCGACAACCAGGUGCACACGUUGCGCUUCCAGAGCCUCGAGGACCUAAUCAGGGAGAAGCGCAGGAUCGACGCCAGCGGCAAACUGAGAGUGAUCAAAGAGCUGGCCAUCGUGGAUGGCAAAGAGUGAAAAGGGGCGCCCGCCUUGCUGAGGGGCGCCUGGGUGGGUGGGGAUCACAGAAGGGAGAGGCCAGCUCUGGUCCAGCCGGCGUGCACCACCCGGACUCGUUACCUCGCCACGUGGGUGGCCGCCCUCUUUCUCUCUCGCUACCCCCCGCCCCACUUUCCCUUUCCGUUCUGUUCCAUCGAGGGGAAAAACCAUGGCAACAUUCCAAGCGAAACCAGCGCCGCUCCUCCCGCUCUCAUUGGCCAGUCCUCGGUUCGCCUCCGACUAACAGGAUCACACUAGUGAUAUCUAUCGAAGACGAGGAUGCGGGCGGCAGAAAAGCGGGCGGGGGGUGGGAGGGAGGAGCGAUGCAGUUAGCAAAAGUAUGCGGACAAAGUCACUCCUGGCUAUCGAUGUUGAUCAUAGCUCCCAGUGUGCUUAAUAAAAUCUCAAAUUGAUUUUUCUCCCCCUUUUUAAAAAAGCGUUCAUGACUUUAAUCCAUGAGUGAGAAGGGUGGCUGAGAUUUUUUAUAUAUAUUUAUUUUAUUGAUAAGCAGAUGCUAGAGUCCUUGGUUAUCUUACUGAUUUCCUAGGGUUUGAUGGUUGACUCAAGGUGUGUGUGUUUUUUCCCUCCAAGGUGAUUUAACAGUGGUUCUGGGCAUGGUGCGUUUACUCAGGAGUAAACCCCCACUGAGCUCCCUGGGAUUUGCUCUGAAGUGUGCAUAGUCUCAUUAAACACAGUGGGACUUACUUCUGAGUAAGCAUAUGCAAAUAUGUACUAUAUGGCUGUCAUCCUGUGCUCAAAUCAUCUGUGACUAAGCCUGGAUUCAAACUCAGUGAGACUUGCUAUUUAACCUUUGUUCAACUCUCUUUAACACCGUCAACCACCCUAUAGUUAUUGGUGUUUUGUUUUUAAAAGGGGGGUGUAAUUCAACCCUUCCUUUCCUGCUUUUAGUGGAUGCUCAUGGGUGAAGUAGAGAUUCUAAUUUGUAUUAAUGACUGUGAGAGUACAGAGCCAAGUGGUGCUAUUUACUCCAGUUUAAUUAAUAUGAUAUUCAAGGGUGUCAUUCUGUGUCAGAUUAUUGGACCAAGCAAGGAAGGAGCGAGGGUUGAGUUUCAUGCUGAAAGCUGUAGCUCUUCCUUGGUGGCCAGCCAUCCAACCAGUGCUACACUUACAGGGAAGGAAGAGGAGCAGAGAGAAACCAGCUCAAUGCCUUUACCUUUUUAGGAUCCACCCCAUUCCACUUACUGGUUUGAAGAGGCUGUGGGAGGAUGCUUUAAUGAAGAACAAGGCUAUUAUUGUUUCUUUAUUGCCCACAAGAAGCUGAAAGUUGUGUGAGUGGUUCUCUCCCUAAUCCCUUAAUCCCCACAACAACUCUGAGAUUAGUUAGGCUGAGAGACAGUGACUGGCCCAAGGUCACCCAGUGAGUGGGGAUUUGAACCCUGGUCUCCCAGAUCCUAGGGACGCGGGUGGCACUGUGGGUUAAACUACAGAGCUUAGGGCUUGCCGAUCAGAAGAUUGUUGGUUCGAAUCCCUGUGACGGGGUGAGCUCCCGUUGCUCAGUCCCAGCUCCUGCCAACCUAGCAGUUCGAAAGCGCCUCAAAGUGCAAGUAGAUAAAUAGGUGCCGCUACAGUGGGAAGGUAAACGGCGUUUCUAUGUGCUGCUCUGGCUCACCAGGUAUCUUUGUCAUGCUGGCCACAUGACCUGGAAGCUGUAUGUCGGCUCCCUCAGCCAAUAACGCGAGAUGAGCGCCGCAACCCCAGAGUCGGUCACGGCUGGACCUAAUGGUCAGGGGUCCCUUUACCUUUACCUCCCAGAUCCUAGUCCAGCACUCUGACCAGUGCACCACACUGACUCUCAAUGGUCCACCUUCAGGGUUGGAGACAAGGUGCCUCAGAACACCAGAUGUUGGUAAUUGUAAAUUGAGAGAUUGCUACUGUGGUCAUAUCCUGCGUGUUGACAUCCCAUAUGCUUCUGACUGGCCACUGUAAGAACAGAUUUCUAGAUUAGAUGGGUUUUUGUCUCUAUCCAGCGGGGCCAUUUUUAUGUUCUGAAACUAUAGGUGGCCUUCAGGGAGUCUAAAGGGUUUCUAUAUUGAGGUCCUUGCAUGCCUUCCCCCUCUCCAACAGGGAUAGCCAAUGCCAUGCUUCCCAGAUGUGGUUAGGUUAGAACUCUUAGCAAACGUGACCCACAGGUCAACUAUGGGAUGGAAAGAGCCUGCAGGUAAUCUAGUUUUAACCAUCACCCACAGUUCCAAUAGAAGCAAGGUUCACAGUGCAAUCCUAGACAUGUCUACUAGAAGGAAGCCCCAAUGGGACUUGCUCCUAGAUAAGAGUGCAUAGGAUUUGAGCCUUGGAUGGUACCCUAAAAGAGAGAGCCCAUAAUCAAGUGAGAAAUGAAACAAAGCGGCAUAGAUUUGGGUAAGGGAACAAAGUUUCCACAGAUGUACACAUUGCAGGGGGUUUGUGUGCGACUUUUUACAAUAUUGAUGUACCCAGGGCCUUAAACUGCAACUGGUUUUGUGAUGAUGGGAUUCUGCAUAAAUGUUGAUGCCUCCCUCUCAUCAUUGAAAGUGAGGGUGUUAAAAUACUAUAUGCCCUUUCCUGUGACUAAGCCCUAUUGAACACAGUGGGGCCACUGAAUCAACAUGCAUAGGACUGCAAUGCACGGUUGCAGUCCCUCUGCACAGUUUGUUAGUUACCUGUGCGGAUAAUCCUGCAGGUCUUGCUUCUGCAGUGUUCCCUGUACACUAAUGCUGCCCACUGCAACAUUUAGCACUGACCUUUUUCUGUUGAGUGUCAGAAGUUGAGAGCUGGUGACUUGCCUGCUUUUCUGGAGGCCAGAUCCAUUCUCUAAAGAAAAAUAUGUACUGUAGUACUUGAUGCACAGUGCUCCAAGUGGGAGAACUUCCAGUGCUUCAGUCCUAUACAUGGCAAUUUCUGCUGGUUAGUCCUCUGCCUUCGGUCAGCCUACUAUGCUUAAGGGGUCUGAGGACCUCUGCAGCUUUGAUCUCCUGCAUAUUACCCAGCCAUUGUACAACUACAGUACUAGCACUGUGUGUUGCUAUAUUCUUCUCUGCCUGCACAAGAAUACUCUACAGGGAGGCAGAGGGAGGUGAGUACUUUUCAGACAAUAGCUGUUCAUUAUUUAUAGUUCCACGUUGACAAAGCUGUAAAUAGAUUGGGGCUGAGUUUGCUCAAAAGUCAAACCCAGUGUAUACAAACCUGAUUUGGUUACAUUCAUAAGGCCGGAAAAUGUAUCCCAACACUAGAGGGAAAGCUUAUUCAUUUGUUUCCCUGUCAAAUCCUUAUUACGGUUUGUUUAGCAUUACACUCUGGUGCGGACAAGGAAGCCGGGAACAUAAAGAUAAAAAAAUAUUCUGCAAUCCAGUGUCCCAUACAUUCCAAUUGUAUUCAGUACCAACCUGCAUAUUUUGUAGGGAUAAAAUCUCUUGCAGAUGAUAGUAUUUUAUUUUUGAAGAUAUAGUAAUGCACACUCUCUGUCUCUCUCUCUCAAGCAGAGAAAAGAAGAGAACAUUGAAAUUCUUGAAUCCAUUCACUCCCUCUUUUAUGCAAUAUUGCUUGGUUCUUUUUGAUACUAACAAGCAUCCUAGGAAGUCUUAUUGCAACACUGCAUCAUUGGUUGCCCAAUGGCUGGCUUCCUGGACUGUUGUUACAGAAGUGAACAGUGGAUGUGCGAAGGGCAGGGGAGGUCAGCACUGAGCUUCUGUGGAAAGAGGUUAAAAUUUCUCUAACAUCGUCCGCAUAAGUGGUUUUCAUAUUGUCUGAUGAAGUUGUUAAAAGAAAGCUAAGAGUGUGGGGGUUCUUCCUUUAAAAGCUUUCGACCUCCGCACAUCCCACAAAGUUAAAUUGGGCAGAGCUGGUUGAUUCAUACAUGUGUGUGUGUGUGUGCAGCACACAAUUGACUUGCAUGGGCAAAUGAGCCAUUGCAGAUAUGAAAACGUGUCGCUGUGGUAUCUCCAGCACAAAUGUUUGUGCACAUGUGAGCCAGGCCUUACUCCCUGAUGAGUGUGCAAAAACUUGAAAAUGGGAAAACUCUUUAUCUCCUGACUGUCAUCGACUGGGGUUGAGCCAGCUAUGUCCUGGGAUAACUGUUGUGUGCUUAAAUAGCUUCAAAAACUAAAGUAUUCUGAGAAGUAUUUCUGCAUGUCACGCAGAGGAUAGACUAGCUGCUAGAAUGCUGUGCUUCUUGCUGUCCUGCAUCAAGCAGGAUAUUAGACUAGAUGGCUGAUAAGCUUCACCCUCAAACUCUACGGCAGCCACUGGGGGACAGCAAUGAUCUUAUGAUAAAGAUAAACAGAAGCUUUCCCAUUCCAUAUCAUUUUAGGAAGAUAGGAAGGUACCUCUCUUACAGAGCAUGAUCCCUGGUCUGUGUAUCUCAUUGUUGUCUACUGGGACAGCCACAGCUCCCCAGGUUUUCAGAUGGCUAUCGCCUUGCUGUACCAGCUGGAGAUUGCCAUCUGCAUGCACAGCAGAUGUUCUGAGCUACAUCCCUCAGGUGGCCUUGAAACAGAAAGCAUGCAUGCUGUGAGUUAUUGAACUGUUGCAGCUUUGUAGUGGUCUAGUACUUUCCUCCCUCUGAGUAGAGAGAUCUGUAUGGUUGCAUGAGGUUGCUGCAGUAUCACACGCUGGCAUAUUGAGAUGCCCGUCACUUUUCCAAUAGAGAGUGGUUGGGUUUGCUGUAUGUUAGGCUGUUCUCCAGCUAGGUUCCAAGGGUUUCAGCUUUCAGCCUUAGGAAUCUUCUGAUGGAACGUCUAAGUAAUUGCUGGAAAGAACGUUUGUGUAAAUGUGGUGAGGAUCAGAAGUGUGUAUUGUGUGUUUCAUGCAUGCUGUCUUACACGGUGAUGUGGAUCACAGUCUGCUGGCAUUUUGAACAAGUGGGACCUGCCUCAAUGAGCUGUGCCAAACUCCCCCCCUUUUAAUUUUAAGUUUUCAAAUGUACAUUUCCACCAUUGAAUAUCCACAACAACAAUAAUACAUUCACUGACUUCCUUCCUUUCCCCUCCCAUGGUUCUUUCAAUUUCCCCAUAAUCUCUGCUCAUUCUGAUAAAACCAUUAACAGUAGUUUAGUUUCCUCCCUUAAGUGGAAUGACUUUCGCUUGCACAACGGGACUUUGCCCCUCUCUUCCUCCUGCUCAUUCCCUGCAAUGUCCCCAGAUGUGCUCCAGAGGGUUGGGGGAACCAUCAGAACAAAUUUAUCAGGUUUAUGGGAGGAGGAGAGGGGGCAUGUCCCAUUACAUAAGAGGAAGUCAUUCUUCUUUUGCAAGAAGUUACUUGACUCUACGUUGGAUGUAACCUGUGAUGUAUUGUGAAAUGCUUCUGUUCAGGGUUCCCUUCCUUCCAUUAUGGUCCCUCUUCUACACAGUUUUAUCUCAUUGUGUACACAAGUCAAUCAGCAUUCCAUGCCCACUGAGCAUGGCUCAGUCCUCAUUUUGCUGGUUGUUUUUUUUGGGGGGGGGGUUCUACCUCUGAAGGCUGUUCUAUGAAAGACUGUACUUCUGCAAACCCAAGUCUGCUCAUACCUCUCCUCAUGUGUGAACAGUACCAUUUUGGCUACGUAACAAUGGGACAAGGACAAUCGAGAUUGCUAUAUUCAAAUGGGACCCUACAAAAAAAAUAUUGAUAUGGUGGAGAGUUCCAGACUUUUUACCCCCACCUCAACAGCAUUCCAUGUCCACUGAGCAUGCUCAGUUGUCUCUGGCCUUUUUUGUGGGGCUAGCCCUUCAUUUUUAUUUUUUGAGGGUAGGGUAUGGACACAUGGGGCCCCCAUCCCAACUGCAUUAUAAUAUUGGAUUUCUGUCUUGAUUUCUAUGGGUGGCUCUCACUUCCAUACCUGAGGACAUUUUUAAAACUAGCUCAGCUCUAGGAAGUAACCCAUCCAGACAAUUAAGUGGUUCUAAUGUUAUAUAUCUGUGUCUUUUCUUCCAUCUUUCUCAGUCACUCCAUUCCACAACCACUCAACUUUAUCAAUCAGCAUCUCAUGCCCAUUUAGUCUUCAUUGGGUUUAUCCCAUAAAUAUUUUUGUACCUCUACAAAACAUGGGGUUGCCUCCAUGUCUGCCUCUUCUCCCUCUUCUGUGUGGGUGGCGCAGAUUUGGCAACAUUGGUUUCAGCGUGCUAAGUCUUGAAUUGGAAUUGGAAGGAAUAUUGGGUGCCCAUUGCAUAUUGUACUGUUUAAAUGCAGAGAAGGGAAUACUUUCGUAGGGUGCCAUGCUUGACCUUCUUUGUAGUCAUUUUGGGAUUAUAGAACAAAAUCAUUGCUUACAGAGAGCCAUGCAUUCAGGAGAGUUCCCCUGAAAGUCACUCAUCACAUGGUGAAAAAUACAAUGGAAAUGUGCCACAGGUCUGCCAAGCAAGCACCCCUUUGACUCCUGUCUUUGUCAUGGAACAGAUUUGCAGGGUGAUUCCCACAACUGACUUAUUUGGUCCUGUGGCAUAUGGCUAGAAUGAGACUAUUACUUAAAGCACAGGACUCCCCUCAAGAAAUCCUGGGAAUUGGUAAGGGUGCUCGGAACUGUGGUUUGGUGAGUUCCCACGAUUCUUGGGGGGAAGUCGUAUGUUUUAAAUGUAUGGUGUGGAACAGCCUGCAGUUCUAUCCCCACUUACUUAGGAGUUUGUGCUAUCGUACCCAACAUUGCUUACUUUUUGAAAACACAUGAGAGGGGAGGGUUGUUCACAAUUUUGCUUGUCCCACCACUUCCCCCUGGAAAAGAAUGGAAUAGGAAACUGCUCUUUCCUGCUGAAUUGGAGAAAACAGCAGAAAGGUUUUCUGUGGCUUGAUGCUUGCUCCGAUUCUGUGCUAAAGAAGAAGCUUUUCAGAGGGAAGCAACAGGGCAAAUGGAAAGCUGCUCAGCCCCGUACUUUCUAGGAAUGGGAGUACACAAAACUGGAUGGGUCAAACUAGACAUUACUUUGUGUGUGAUUACCACCCACACCUAGGUGGUUGUUUCUAAAAUUAUAAUACUAGGAGUGGGGAGCAGGGAAUGGCAAUUUUCACUAGAACCACAAGGUAAAGGAAGUGAAGGCGUAACCCUUCUCUUCCAAGCUGCAGCCCUGACAAAUAAUUGCCACCCAUGUUGUAAUUAGCCUUAGGGGAGAAAGUGAAGGGAUCCCUAUGGCAAAUCGUAGCAUCUGGGGCAAACUUGGUCAAGGCCAUGGCAGGGGAGGGAAGAGUUAAUCCUCAGUUAAAAAUGCCUCCCAUAUAUUGAAGAACAUAAGAGCCCAACUGGAUGAGGCAAAACAUCCAUUUAAUCUAGCAUGCUAUACCCAUAGUGAGUGCAACAACAUUCUCUCUUAAAAUCCCCUGCAUGUGAUAUUCAGAGGCUACCACAGAGAAAUGACCCAGAAUCACCCGAGGGGCCAAGUUUGGAGAUUUUCUUGACGAACUAGUUUGGAUCGGGGUUGGUGGUGAUGGUCUGCGCCUACAGAUCUGUACACAGAAUCUGGCGACCAACCGGGUCGUCUUUUGAUCUUUGCCUAACAGGAGAAGAUCGGAUUUUUGCUUUUCCGGAAGGUUAGCGAGCCUCACCAGCAGGGGAUCAAUGGUCUCAUAAAAGGGACAUCUAAAAAAUAAGUGCUCUGGGCUUCCUAUCUCUCCCAAUGAACAGGUGCAAAUUCUCUGAGCAUAUGGGACUUUUUUUAAAGGAUCCUUCCAGGACUGGUGAGGGCAAAGCCGAGCUUCUGACGAGAGUAAAAGCCCUUCUUGCAUUUUUGGAUACUAGAAAGAAGAGAGAUGCUGCCGGUGCGGCUGUAUAUCUCGAUUUCUCCAGUUUUAUAGUCGGGGCACCUUGAGCAAUUCUGUUGUGUUUCGGUGUCUAUGAUUCUUUGCCUAACCUUAGCUUUUGCUUGGCUCAACCCCAAACUUAGAAGGGCUUGAGGGGCAAAACCCAGUUUCUGAAGGGUGUUCAGGACUGCUGUCUGCCAGCCUGACUGGAACUGGUCACAGAGGAUCAGUGGGGCUAUUCCUCGGGGGAGCAGAUUCAAUGACAGCCAUUUGUAGAUUGAUGGUAGGCAGAUAUAAGCCUCCACUCUCAUCAUCUCUGUUUUUAGUCUGACCCAUGCAUUUGAAAUGCAUCUGAGGACUUGUAGGAGAGCUCUAAGAAGUUUGGAUUGAAGUCUCUCAAGGGGGGAGAAAGCAGAGGAAGGUGGGCCCAGAAAUGAUCCAUAGAGGAGCUGUGCCAAUGUUUUGGCUUUGUAUAAUUUUAGGGCUGUGGGGGACGAAGAAGCCCCCUUGGGCUCUGAAGAAUUUAAGAAUACAGUUUGUGUUUUUUCCACAGAGCUCCUGAUGGAGUUUAUGUGAAGUUUGUUGGCUCCUGAAGCCUGUACCACCAUUCCUAGGUACUUAUAAUUUGUAACUUGUUCUAAUUUAUGUCCUUGAAGUUCCCAGCUUCUAAGCUUUGGUUUUUUCCCCUGAAAGCGAGUAUCUUACUUUUUUGAUAAUUAAUUAUGAGACAUUCAAUUUCACAAUAUGCUGCGAGCUUUCUUAAUGCUCUUUUGCGUCCAAUAGGGGUUUGAGAUAGGAUUACCGCGUCAUAGGCAUAUAAGAGAACCGAAAUAUGCCAAUUUGCAAGUUUCGGGGUGUGUGGAAUUCUAAGUCAUUGAGUGCAGAUACUAAGUUAUUUGAAUAAAAAUUGAAUAGUAGAGGGGCCAAAAGGCAACCUUGCCUGACUCCCUUGAAGGUUUUAAGGGGGUCUGUUAGGUGUCCUAGGCGGGUACACCUGACUCUGAGAGCCGUGUUUGCGUGCAGAGCCAGAAUUAAGAACAGAAGCCUUCUAUUUAUAGUAGUACCAUGUAGUCUGUCCCAGAGUCUGGUUCUGGAGACUCUAUCGAAGGCUGCUUUUAGAUCUACGAAGGUGGCGUGUAGCGAGGCCUGCCGUCCUGAUUUGAAUUUGUCAAUGAGAUGUUGAAGCGUUAGACAGUGGUCUAUCAUGGACCUGCCAGGUCUAAAGCCAGCUUGUUUUAUUUCCAGGAUGUCUUCAUUCUCUAGCCAGUCUGUAAACUUAUUAAGAAGGUGCUUUGUACAUAGUGUACUAAUCACGCUUAGUAAGCUGGUCGGCCUAUAAUUCGCUGGGUCACUUCUGUUGCUCUUUUUAUAGAAUGGGACUACUAUGGCUGUUCCCCAUUCCCCUGGGAUGGGGCCAGUGUCGUCUAUGUAAGUAAAGAGGCUGGCUAAGAAUGGUGCCCACCAAUCUGACAUUUUCUGGCAUACCCACCAAUUUCUGGCAUAAUUCCAUCUGGGCCUGGGGCUUUGGCCGUUUUCAGUUGGUUUACAUAUGAUUUCACUUCAGUUAUUGAAACUGGCAGCCAUUUCGCCAGUUGUUCUAUACAGUAUUAUAGUUCCGUAACGGGGGGUUCAACGUCCUCGUACAGGGAUUGGACGAGUGGUUAGGGGGAAUUUGUGAGGUUAAAGGGGAAAUAGCCUUUUGGGUGCCAGAAGCUACCAAUUUCCAGAAUAGUGUCUAAAAUUUUGUGGCUCAGAAUCUUGUGGAUUCUGCUGCCUCCUGGGCUGUUGGUUUUUAGAGCCUAACAAGCCAAAAGCACUUUCACAAGUCGCAAAAUCAGUGCAAAGCUGUUUCUUUCUUGCUAAUUAAGGAGCUGCUCUGAGCUGACUCUUGACUAUGGUGAUCCAGUCUUAUUCAAAGAUCUGUUAAGCUAACAGGGUUGUGUAGCUUAAUAGGGUAAGUGGCCCUCUUAAGCAGCUCAUUUUCUCUCUGUCUGCGCUGCCUCAAGAUCAAAUGAGUUAGCCCUGUGUUUUAUUUAUUUAACUGUGUUUAUAUGCUGCUUAAUAAUAAUAAAUCUUGAAGUUGAAAACAAAUAAAAUCACAUGUUCAUGGAGGCUAGCUUAAACACAUUUGUUCUUAGCAGGCAUCAGAAACCCUAUCCUUAAAAAAACAAAAAUCAAUUUAUGAAAGGUUUUCAACCUAAUACUGUAUACCAUAAAAUUCAAACUAAACUAAAAAGAAAAAUAAUAAACAGUAUAUUAAACAGAAAAAACUAGAGAGAAAGAAAAGUUCAAUACAUUAAUAAUAACCUUCAUAUGAUAAAACACAAAAUUAUCAUAACCUUCAUAUCAUAAAACACAAAAUUAUAAAUAUAUCUAUGUAGCCCUCAGUCACUAUUUUACCUUCACAAAUUCAGAGUUGAAUUCUUCCACUCCCCACCCAAUAAAGUUUUGCCUUCCUCAGUCUCCCACCCUGAGAAAAAACCUGCCUCUCAUAUAAGCGCCAUCCUCUUCUCUCUGUCAGCUCCCUGUAUCUUUGUUUAUCACAAAGAUAAAUUUUUACAUGAGAAACUCUUAUCCUUCAGGAUUCCUAUCUUUUUUUUUUUUUUAAAAAAAAAAUCAGCCUUUGGAGGAAAAAUGUGAAAUGGGCAAUGGAUAACUUUUGGCAAAAUGCUGAAAGAAAGAAAACAAUAUUGAUGUUUUGCUGUCCUUUAGCAUACCUGAAGGAGCAUCUCCAUCCCCAUUGUCCAGCCCAGACAAUGAGGUCCUCCUCUGAGGGCCUUCUAGCAGUUCCCUCACAAGAAGUGAGGUUACAGGGAACCAGGCAGAGGGCCUUCUCGGUAGUGGCGCCCGCUCUGUGGAACGCCCUCCAAUCAGAUGUCAAGGAAAUAAACAACUAUCUGACUUUUAGAAGACAUCUGAAGGCAGCCCUGUUUAAGGAAGUUUUUAAUGUUUGAUGUUUUAUCGUGUUUUAAAUAUUCUGUGGGGAGCUGCUCAGAGUGGCUGGGGAAACCCAGCCAGAUGGGUGGGGUAUAAAAAAAUAAAAUAUAUAUAUAUAUUUGAAAAUUAAAGUGAGAGUGGGGGCAGAUAUGAGAUAGUUUCAGUGUUCGGUUGGUACAAAAUCAUGGUAUGUAAGUUGCCGGGGGCGGGGGCAGAAUCAGAAGAAUGUGUAAAAUAGGCCAUGUAAAUACAAGAGCAUCUGUUUAGUAAAUGGGUAAAAUCACUCAGUUCACAUAUGAUGUCAUCUAUUAUGGUGCUACUCAAAGUGGUGGUUCAUGGACUGGUGCCAUUCUGUGGGCCAUUAACACGUGCUAAGAAGCCAUCACAAAUCCAUACCCAAGGCAGAGUUUUCACCCACCCUGAAACACAUUCCUUUUCAAGGGGGGGGGGUCAAUUCACACGUUCAAAAUGCAAGUCAUGUGUCUUCAAGCGGUGGCCAUGCAUGUGUGGAUUGGUGUCAGGGUUUUUGAAGUGGCAUGCAGAGAAACCUCCCCUAUUCCUGUAAAUCGGCGUUUCCCAAACUUGGGUCCUCAACUGUUUUUGGACUACAAUUCCCAUCAUCCCUGACCGCUGGUCCUGCUAGCUAGGGAUGAUGGAAGUUGUAGUCCAAAAACAGCUGGAGACCCAAGUUUGGGGAAGCCUGUUAAAUGGCAGGGCAGCUAAAAGCACACAUAUGCUCCCCUCUGUUAAUCUGCAUGAGAGGCCCUCUUAAGGCAGGGGUGCUCUCCAGAAUAUGUAUUUAAAAUGCCAAUAGAUCCAGCUCGAAAUGUUUUCUAGGUGGUCACCACACUUGGAGUCUAAAAAUAAUGUUCAACACCAGAUUAGCUCACACCCUUGAUUUCCUCCCCCUCCCUCCUUCUGGUAUAUGUUUGGGAGAAUCAUAGCUUAUUUGUUUUAAACUGGUCUCUGCUUGUUUUGCGAAGUGUUUGGGAAUUUUCAUAUACCAUACAUUGCAGAUAUGGGUUGAUGCAUGGGAGACCCUCUUUUUAAAGGAAGAGUUGAACUUGAGACUCUUGCAGGGUGGGGUGGGGGUGGAGUUCUGUUCCUUUAACAGCUGUUUGACCAAGCAGAAAUUCAACCAGCUGAAGAGCUUGCUUAACGCUGCAUCUCCAUGCCAACAAAACGUUGAUUUCUGCCUGCUGUGUACCAAUUAUUAUUUUUAAUUGUAAAAAAGUCAGCCCCUGUUGGAGGAAGUAAUCUAAAUAUACCCCCCUUGUCUUAUCAAUCUAUUAUUGUCUCCUUGCCCCUUCUAGUUAGUACAGUACUAGGAAAUAAUGCACAUGUUAUUUGAAGAGAGACCACCCAAAGGCGAAUGAUCACCCAUAGCCAAAUUUCCAGAAUAGCAUUUUGGGGGGGGGUUUCCUUCCAAUAAUGCACCAUUUACUGAUGUCUUCGGUCAAGCUUAGAAGAACAUUAUGAGAAUGGUCCAUCUUGAAAUUGAUAAUUAUUGGUUUGGAAAUGGUAGAUAAGAGAUUAGGGCUGCAAGCACUAUUGCCGACAGCUUCUACUGCACUUCCAAUUAUGCUUUGUAGCCCUUGAUACCAAUCCAGCUACAGCUAGUCGUGACAGAGGCCAUGUUCCCAUUAGCAGAUUGAAAUGCUGUGAGGUCGUUUCCUCCCACUGUGUUUUCAAGUUGCUUUCUUCCAUUGCUGUUCACUGGAACAUCGAAAGUACUAUAUUUACUUGGAUGGGGGCAAUUUGUUCUCUUCUAGCUGUUUAUUUUAAAAUUGUAGAACAACAACAACAACAACAACAACAACAACAACAACAAUUUUAUUAUUUGUAUGCCGCCUAUCUGGCUUGGUUUCCCCAGCCACUCUGUGUGGCUCCCCACAGAAUAUUUAAAACAUGAUAAAACAUCAAACAUUAAAAACUUCCUUGAACAGGGAUGCCUUCAGAUGUCUUCUAAAAGUCAGAUGGUUGUUGAUUUCCUUGACAUCUGAUGGGAGGGCGUUCCACAGAGCGGGCGCCACUACCGAGAAGGCCCUCUGCCUGGUUCCCUGUAGCUUCACUUCUUGCUGUGAGGGAACCGCCAGAAGCCCCUCGGAGCCGGACCUCAUUGUCUGGGCUGAAUGAUGGGGGUGGAGACGCUUCUUCAGGUAUACAGGGCUGAAGCCAUUUAGGGCUUGAAAGGCCUACACCAACACUUUGAAAUGUGCUUGGAAAAAUACUGGGAGACAGUGUGAAGAGUAUGUGACACUCUUCACAGAAACGGCUCCAAGUAGCUAACAAAGUCAUAAAAGGUAAAGGUAAAGGGACCCCUGACCAUUAGGUCCAGUCGUGACCGACUCUGGGGUUGCGCGCUCAUCUCGCAUUAUUGGCCGAGGGAGCCGGCGUAUGUGGUCCAGGUCAUGUGGCCAGCAUGACAAAGCCGCUUCUGGCAAACCAGAGCAGCACAUGGAAACGCUGUUUACCUUCCCGCUGUAGCGGUUCCUAUUUAUCUACUUGCAUUUUGACGUGCUUUCAAACUGCUAGGUUGGCAGGAACAAAGUCAUAAUAUAUAUAUAUAUUUAAAAACUCAGAACAAAAUAAGAUAUUCUUACAAGCAGAUAUCAACCACACAAAGCUCUGCUUGCAUGCAGCAAUGGGCUGCAGUGCACCCACCUUCCAGUAGACAAGUGUGUACUUCUUGGAGUUUUGAAUGUAUCUGCUGCUUUUGAGUGCUUUUAAUUAUCUUAUGUGUAAAUCACAUUGAGGUGGCUGUCUAGCAGGUGAUUCAUAAAUGGAUGGUGAUGAUCCCCCCCCCACUAUCCAGGACCAAGGAAGGCACACAUGGAAGACCAGUCAAACUAUCAGCAAUGGUGCUGAUUUGCAGGAGAAGGCUGCUGUAUUCCUCUCCCCUCCUUCUGCUCACAUUUGGUGGGUAGAUACUGGGCUCUCUUGGGGAUGUAGUUUUCUUGCGAUGGGGCUUCAGCCGCUAUGGAUCCAUGCAGGUUGUGGUAGCCUGUUUCUGCAUGAUAAGCAGGCAGGGCAUCAUCUGUGGAAACAGAGAGGUCAUUUCUGCUUCUCAUUCUGCAGAUGGGAAGCUGCAUUGAGUUAAUGACUUGCCUGUGGCCAGAACCAAGAAUCUGACUGCCUAUAAACAAAAGCACAAGACUUCCAGUGCGUUAGCGCUAAAGCCAUCUGGAGGAGCAAUAUGCCAUUGUUUAAAAUAUUAAGACCACAAUCUGCAAAGGUGUAAAAAUGAUGGAAUAGAAGAUAAUUGAUCCAGAUGCAUGCCCAGCCAGAAAUGCUUUCUUUUGCUUAUGACAGCUCAGGUGUGAGCAUUUCUCCCUUCCUGUAGUUCAAUAAGGUAAAGGUAAAGGACCCCAUGUCCUGUCAAAGGCGACUAUGGGGUUGCAACACUAAUCUCGCUUUCAGGAUGAGGGAGCCGGCGUUUCUCCACAGACAGCUUUCUGGGUCAUGUGGCCAGCAUGACUAAACUGCUUCUGGCACAACUGGACACCAUGAUGGAAACCAGAGCACACAGAAAUGCUGUUUACCUUCCCACUGGAGCUGUACCUAUUUAUCUACUUGCACUGGCAUGCUUUCAAACUGCUAGGUAGGCAGGAGCUGGGACAGAGCAAGAGGAGCCCACCCCGUCACAGGGAUUCGGGCGACCUUCUGAUCGGCAAGCCCUAGGCUCAGUGGUUUAGACCACAGCACCACCCGGGUUCCUGUUUGAAUAAACCCCACCUGACAUGAUCUAUACACUGGAGAUACAUGGAGAUGGGAGGAGGAAGUCCAGUUUUGAUUGGAAAAGCAGAUUGAGAAACAGGGUGAAGGGAAAGGAUUAGAUGGCAAGGAGGUAAGUAACUAUGCAACUUUUAGAAGACAUCUGAAGACAGCCCUGUAUAGAGGAAGUUCUUAAUGUUUAUGUUUUUAUAUUUGCUGGAAGCCGUCUGGAGUGGCUUGUGUAACCCAGUCAGAUGUGCAGGGUACAAAUGAUAAAAAAUAGCAACAAUUUAAAUGCCCCCCAGUUCUGUUUUAAAGAGGGUGGGGUGCUUUAAAGUGGGGAAAGAGGGAGUCAGGUGACCCAAUCACACAGAUUCCCUACAUUUGUUAUGUGGCUCGGCCCCAAGAGAGGGAAUUAAACUUCAUGCCUUUGAAUAAGAGCUUUUAUGGUUUGAAGCAUGUCAGGACAAACAUUGGAUUUAAGACCUUUGCACCUCUGUGGUUUGAUGCCAGAGGAUUUCCCAGAGUGUGUGGCAAGAAAAAAAAAAGAAAAAACUUCUCUGACCCAUGUCUAGAAAUCCUGAGACAACCACAA